AACAGUGGGACUUCAAGCUCCAUGAAGCAAGGCGCGUGGAGGGCUUUUGUUGUAGCCUCUCGUGCUGUUCGCGAGCGUUCAGUCACUGGCGUUUUUCCAAAAGCGCUAAUCUGACAACCAGGUGGACGCGGCUCAGUAGCUGCGCCGCCCGCGGUCAGAGCGUUCUGUUUGGGUUAGGGUCACCGCCGUAGCACCGCGCUGACACUCGCCAACGCGCUCUGCUCCCAAUGUUUACUUCUCCGGCGUGUCUUCUCCAGCCAGCGAAAAGUAAUGCUUUGCUUUAUUGUACAUUAUUGUAUGAUAAAGUAGCUACAUUGAAAAGCCACCAUGUUUGUACGGCAUAUAUUCAAAUUGCUGUACGGAUAAUGCACUAGCUAACAGCAGUAGGAACAGCUGGACAGCUUCCUCUCUGGGGCAGCGAGCUGGUGUCGACAGUUGCAGAUCCUCUCCGGCUCCAUGAUGGCGAUGUUUCGGAGCUUUGUCUCGGCGAGUACUCAGCUCCGCCAGCAGCAGCAGCAGCAGCAGCCCAACGGCGGCUCAGGCUCGCUGGCAGCCCCGGCUGAAGGUAUCGAGAGCCAGUUCUCUUGUCCCAUCUGCCUGGAGGUCUACCAUAAACCCGUCAGCAUCGCCAGCUGUGCUCACACGUUCUGUGGGGAGUGUCUGCAGCCAUGUCUUCAGGUGACCUCGCCCCUCUGCCCUCUGUGUCGUGUGCCCUUUGACCCCAAGAAAGUGGAGCGCUCCUCCAGUGUGGAGAAGCAGCUGGCUUCAUACAAAGCACCGUGCAGGGGCUGUAGCAAGAAGGUGGCUCUGGUGAAGAUGAGGUCCCACAUUGCUUCCUGUUCUAAAGUACAGGAGCAGAUAGCCAACUGUCCCAAGUUUGCCCCUGUGGUACCCACCUCCCAGCCCAUACCAAGCAAUAUUCCAAACAGGUCAACGUUUGUGUGUCCAUUCUGUGGGGCCAGAAACCUGGACCAGCAGGAACUGGUGAAGCACUGUAUGGACAACCACCAUAAUGACCCUAAUAAAGUGGUGUGCCCGGUGUGUUCAGCCAUGCCGUGGGGAGACCCCAGCUAUAAGAGCUCCAACUUCCUCCAGCAUCUCCUCCACAGACACAAGUUCUCUUAUGACACCUUUGUUGACUACAGCAUUGAUGAAGAGGCAGCACUGCAGGCAGCUCUGGCACUGUCACUGGCUGAAAACUGACAACAGUCACACCACCACCAUCCUCUCACCGUUAGCACCGACUCCACCAUUACUGCACUGCUGCUGUUCCUCCAUGGCUCAACAACAACAGCCAACAGGCACACCUGACCCAGCCAGGUUCACAGUGACAUCACAGAGAUCCACAUCACAGACAAGUCCAGCCAACUUCGGAUUUGGCGAUAACCUCACUUCCUUUUCACGCCAAGGAUGUUUUUCCUGGUGUAGCAGUACAGCCAGUUUGCUACACUACAAAACAAAAGCAGUUUGUAUGUGUCUUCACUGCUGUCAUUUGGAUUUGGUGGUUUGAAGACAAACCAUCCUGUGGUUUUGGAAUGGAUCCAGUGACCAUAUCAAGAUAAGCUACAUUAAAUUGUUUGCGCCAACCCAAACAAAACCCAUCACACAAUGACUUUAAAAACCCCAACCUACAGCUCGGAAACAGUCCAUCCACUCACAGUUUCAGUUCACCUGACAGUGGUCUCGGACCACUAGUCACUUGCUAGGAAGUCCUGACUGCUUGUACUCGCUGUGAGUAACUUCGUUGGUCAGUGUGGUCAGUCUGAGAAAUAGUGAGCGGGGGCACAGGCUCCAGUUUCUUCUACCGAGUGGUCUGCAGUGAUCAAGUUUGAACAGGCAAAUUCACUUUUUUGAUGGGUUAACAUACAGUAGCUAGCCCGCAAGAGCUAAUUAGGAUGCAUUGUGCAAAGCUAAACAGAAAAAAAUUAACUAAAGUAUAAAACACAAUGAAUUAAUAGCUCCUCUAUUCAUCUCCACAAAUGGUUGCAAGUGCUCCAGAGUUGGUUUGUGGUAUUUUGCACUUACCAGGCAAAAGAAAAUCCUGUUAGUUAGAAAAGCAGCACUGGCAGGAUUGUUGACCUGAUUCUGUUGCUCAGCUCUGCAGGAAAUGAAAGGCUUUCAGGUGACUUGUUGACUGAGCUGCUCGUAGUAUGGUUGCAUUGUGUCACCUACAAUGGUACUGCCCAUGACGACUUCUAACGGUCAUGGUGAACAGGUUACAAGUAAGGAUCCCCCCCAUAGAUGGCGCCAGAACAUCAUGCAUGGAGAGGCUAAACUGCCAUGGCUUUUCAUGCAACAAGAUGAGGCUGUAUGCUCUCUCCAUUGUCUGGCCUUAUAGUUUCACUGUGGUAACCUGGGCUAAAAACGCUUGUUCUGGUCCACACUGCCACGCUGGGUGUGUCAGUCCUGAUGUGGGUGUGUUAUGAAUAUUCUCCUGCACUGUUCAAGUUUGACAAGAUAUUCUCCAUUAUUUAGAGAGACUCUGGACAAGACGCGCAGACUGACAGUUGUCUCUGUAAUAUUAUAUUGAGAAAAAUAUUAUAAAUACAGUGUUGAGUAGCUACAACAGAACGGAUGUUACUAUAUGAUAAAUCCUGAGGUAUAAAUACGAUACUGACUGAUCAUAGGAGUAUUUUAAAAUAUUAUAAUAAAACAGUGAUGUUAAUAUAAAGUAAGCUCACUGUUAAUUUACUAACCCCUACCAUAAAUGUUGAGUAUGAAGAGGAUAGAAUAUUAUACAGGACUUGAAAUUCCUAUGAGCUAGAGAGUUUAUAUUUUUAUUGAUUUUAUCUUAUUUUAUUGUUAUUUUCUAUACACACAAAAAUGGAAUUUGGUAAAUAAACCACUUAAGAAACGAAA